AUUAAGAGCUCGGACUUUUAUUUUGAAACGGUUUCGUCAUCCGUAGGGGACUCGUUCUGCUCGUCAGGUUCCGCCCUAUCAAUAAUAACACAUUCAUCCAGAGACAGACAGGAGGUGCUGACGGAUAUUCUUUAGUAACCGCUGUAACAUCGCUCCUCUGAGUAAUGGAGGUGAGUGAGGAGGCCGAGAGCGCGCCGCAGCAGGAGAAAAGCGCGCGCACCGCGGCUCAGAGACGCGCGGAGAUCCGGAGGAGGAAACUCCUGAUGAACUCGGAGGAUCGAAUGAAUAAGAUCGUGGGCUUCAGUAAGAAUGAGGCGGACGGCGGCGCGGACAGAUCCAGAGUCCUGGAGCCGCGGUUCCACCUGGAUCUGGAUCGUAACGAGCCCUGGUCCUCCUCGUCCUCCUCUAAGAGACUGUCUCCGCUGGUGUCUGAGUCUGUGGGGAGCGUCUCGGACGCGUCGGAGCGGAGCGGCGGCGGUGAGGCGGCGGGUGAGGACGAAGUGUCUCGCGGUGUCCGGCAGAGGCCGCGCGGGGAGCUGGCGUCAGACGAGCGCUCGUCGUCUCCUCGCAGGGGUUUGCAGAAGUACCUGUCCCGCUUCGACGACGCCAUGAAGCUGCGAGGACAACUGUCCGCCGAGAAGACGGCUCAGGACGGCGGCGGCGGCGGGGAGGCGGAGGAGCUGGACUCGUUCCGUCUCUUCCGGCUGGUCGGCAGCGUCGCUCUGGCCGUGUUCGUGCGCGUCUUUGUGUGCCAGUAUCUGUCCAUCUUCGCACCGUUCCUCACUCUGGAGCUGGGAUUCAUGGGAUUGCAUAAAUAUUUCCCAAAGGUUUGUCUCUGUUUUGACACUGAUCAAGUGGAGAAGAAGAGCCAGACGACGAUGCUGACGGCGGCGCUCCUGCUGUCUGGAAUCCCCGCGGAGGUCAUCAGCCGCUCCAUGGACACCUACAGGAAGAUGAGCGACGUCUUCUCCGACCUCUGCGUCUACUUCUUCACCUUCAUCAUGUGUCACGAGCUGCUGCUUCUCUUCGGCUCCGACAUGUCCUGAGGACAGAACAUGUCGGAGAGACUGACGACGACACGCUCGUUCUCUUCUUCCGUUACCCGUCGGGCCGUGAGCGCUGUGAGACUGACGUCCGUCGCUUUGCGGCAAUUCCUGCAUCUCAGCCGACAUUUUAUUCCUCAUUUUAACGUCCUCCUCAGUGUUUUCGAUCUUAUUUCACGUCAUCAGUUAGAGAUGGUGCGAGUUUGUGUUGACCGCUGUGAAACUAGUGAAGGUCUGAGCAGAGAGCGUUGAUGCUCUUAUAUCUUGUAUAUUUCAUAUUUCACACCAAAAUCCAAAGAAAAUCAAGCCUGUUUUUUUUGCACCAUUAAGCAACAGUUCAGCUGAAAAUGAAAAUGAGCUCACCUUCAGUUCAUCCAAGAUUAGGAUGAGUCUGUUUGUUCAUCAGAUUUGUAGAAAUGUGUCGUUUGAUCACCGUCUCACCGUUAGAUCCUCUGCAGUGAAUGGGUGCCGUCAGAAUGAGAGUCCAAACAGCUGAUAAAAACAUCACCAUAAUCCACAAAUAAUGAACAAAUCCAUCAUUAACUCUGUUUUGGCUUGUAAACGGUGCUUGAUCUGUGCAGAUUUCUCUCCUGAUUCAGACCAGACCACUUUUUCACUGGAGAAAGUGUUAUUAUGGAUUACAGACUCAUAAUCCAUUUAAAUCAUCUUCAUGAUGGAUUUGUUUGAUCUUUUGUCUUCUCAAGAUGUGAACUGAUGGACUGGAGUGGUGUGGAUUACUUGUGGAUUAUGGUGAUGUUUUUAUCAGCUGUUCUGACUCUCAUUCUGACGGCACCCAUUCACCACAGAGGAUCCAUUAGUGAGACAGUGAUGGAAUGACACGUUUCUACAGAUCUGAUGAACAAACAAACUCAUGCUAAUCUGGUGAGGAUGAGCACAUGUUCAUUUUUAGCUGAACUGUUCCUUUCAUUUAUUUUAGUUCAUUCUCAUCCGUCUGAAAUGAAUCUCAACAGCUGUUCUUCUUGUUUCUUUAAUGUUGGAGUGGAAUAUGACGCAGGGUUCAUGAGUUUCUCUCUUUUGUUGUUUGUCCAACAGUGACUCAGUCGGAUCAACAAAACCAGCCUAAUCUUACUAGAUUUGUUAAAGAAGUCUUGAGUUGAUCACUAACGGGACCCCAGAUUCUCCUCACGGACUGUUUUGUGUUUCUAAUUGUUUUCUGUAACUCUUUCCAGGCUGUGUUUCUGAUCAUCGUGGCGAGUGUUUCUGUAUUUAGAGGCGUCAGUGUUGUACAGCUGCUCGUGUGUUUUGAGUUUACCAGACGUUGUUCGUGCUGCUCUGCAUGGUUUGUGAUCUGUUGAUUUCUGUUUAAUUUAAUGUGAAGGCCGUUACGUUCUGUUGCUUUGGACGGGAGAUUAAUGAUUUGUAAUCGAUCCUCCAGUAGUGAGUUGUUUCUGAUCAUGUUUAUAUAAUGCUGUAAAACUGAUAUCUAAUGUAUGUCAGUGUUUUUGUUGCUCUCAGUAAUCUGAGAUGAGGUAUGAACUCUGACACAUGGCUGCGUGUGCCGGUAAUAAUAUCUUUGAUUAUGUGCCGGUCGGAGGGGGAAGCUACUGCUAAAACAAUAAACAUCAGUGUGUCCUUC